AUGACGACAUUUGUUCCUCUCACAAAACUCAGGCCAUUCAAAGACAACUGGAGAAUUCAAGUGAAAUGUUUACAUUCAUGGAAGCAAAAUACACCUUUUGCAGGUGAUACUUUCGAGAUGGUCUUAGCAGAUCAAUGGGGUAACAAGAUCCAUGCUACUAGCAAACGAUCUCUCAUGCAACGGAUUCAACGUGUCUUACCUAUAGAUUCAUGGGGGGUUAUUGAACAUGUUACCGUCACUCCGGCUGGUGGUCAAUAUCGAACUACCAACUACAAAUACAAGAUGGUUAUAGCAGAAGACGCUGUGCUGUCAAGAUCAGAUUUAGCUGAUGAUAGAAUUUUCCUAUCUCUUGCUAAUUAUGAAGAAAUUGAAAAUGGAACAAAAAAGCAAGCUUUCCUCAUAGAUGUUAUAGGAAGAAUUCAUGAACUUGGUGAUGUCCAGACUGUUCAAGUGUCUGGCGAAGACAGAAAGAGGGUUCAGUUUCGCUUAGUUGAUGCAGAAGGAAACAAUCUAGCAUGCUGUCUCUGGGGAACAUAUGCCGAGCAACUUGAACCGUUUGCUGGCAAAGAUCAAACAAUUAUUUGUUUGAUCAGGUUUGCAAAAAUCAAGGAAUUUAGAGGAGAGCUGCAAAUCACUAAUGCUUUUGAUGCUUCACGUCUGUUCCUGGAUCCGAUGAUCCCUGAACUUACCCAUUUAACUGAAAGGCUGACAAAUGACGAUCUCUCUGUUGCUCUGGUCCAAAAACCAUCUGGAAAGAAGGAUGGUAAAAAGCAUUUAUACAACUGGAAUGAUGCUGAGAUCAAAACAAUUUCAGAAGCCGCUGAGUCCACUCAGGUGGAGAUUUGCAAAAUCAUAUGUACUAUUGAAGCAAUAGAUACAAAUUGGUCUUGGUUCUACAUUGGUUGUAACCGACACCAAAAACGUGUCAACAAGAUUCCUAAUGUGGAUUAUGGAAGGAUGACAAAGAAAGAUAAGCCUUUGUUUCGUUGUGAACAUUGUCGUUCAAAUAUCAAUACGGUUGGACCCAAAUUCAAGCUACAUUUGGUUGUCAAAGAUGACUCUGCAACAUGUAAUUUGAUGUUGCUAGGCUCUGUUGGUAAGUCUAUCGUUGCAGUGGAUGCUGAAGAAUUAUGGGAUGGCUCUUAUGAGGAGAUUGAAGAUCCAGAGAUACUACCAGAACCUAUUCUUAGUUUGGUUGGAAAGUCUUUCUGUUUUGGUAUUUCCAUAACCUCAGACAAUGUCACAAAUGGUUCAGACACUUUUGUUGUUUUAGAGAUUUGUUCUGGAGAUAAAGUUCUUACUAUCGAGACUGACUCUCAAUCUAAUUCUGAUUAUGGUCACUACUUCUUCCACCAUGUCAUCUGGAUCAGGUUCAUUGAUACAGAUAGCCAGCAAGUUUUUGAAUGUUCUUCUCUAGAGAAUACUGAUACUGAAAAUGGGGAUUCUGAUUUAGAUGAUCCUAUGGAUUAUGAGCCAGAGGUUGAGCCAAACAAUAGUGAGAGAGUGGCACCUAAUUCAGAUCACAUUGUUGGUGUUGUAAAGGCGCCAAAACCUCCUAACCAAAAGUGUUUUAGUGAAAACGAGUACUUAGAUGAAGGUGAUCCGGACUACAACUGUUCUCAUUGUGGUGCUAUCAUGUGCUUGGGUAAACGGCCAUUCCAGGUCAAGAAAAAGGAUCAUCUCAGAAAAGAUAUUAUAGAGACUUUGAUGAAGAUGUUGAAUGAAGUCAACCCAUAUGUUAAAAAGUUUAGAUCAGCCAGAGACCGCUUCAAUACAGAUCCUGAAAAUUCUUUUCAUAUGAGGAUUGUUAGUGAGAGGUUAAAGGAUGGAAGGACGUAUAACACACCCACAGCCUCUGAGGUUGUUGCGCUGAUUCCUGGAGAUUUUAGUCUUGAUAUGGACAGAAGGGAUAUUGUUCUUCAAAAAAAUUCAGGAAAACUACUGAGGAUAAACGAGAUUCAUGCUUCAUAUCUUGCACUUCAGUAUCCUCUUUUGUUUACAUAUGGUGAAGAUGAAUUCAGACUUGGUAUUAAGAAAGGAGCAACAGAGAAGACAAAAAAACAGAAGAAGCCUAAUAUCAGUAUGAGGCAAUGGUUUGCUUUUCGCCUGCAUGAGCGUAAGAACGAAUCGCAUUCUCUCCUACAUUCUAGAAGACUAUUUCAGCAGUUUGUGGUGGAUGCCUUCACAACAAUUGAGUCUAAUCGGUUGCGAUAUCUGAAGUUAAACCAGCCUUCUUUGCGAUCAGAUAGCUAUGACUCUAUUAAAGAAUCUGAGAACGCAGGAAAAGUGGAUAUGAAUGAGCAAGGAACUGAGUUUACAUUACCAGCUUCAUUCGUAGGGAGUCCUAGAUAUAUGAAGAAUUGCUACUUGGAUGCUAUGGCAAUAUGUAAGCAUUUUGGAUUCCCUAAUUUUUUCAUCACUUUCACAUGUAAUCCCAAAUGGCCAGAGAUCACAAGAUAUGUUAAGGCAAGGAAGCUAAAGGCUGAAGAUAGAUCAAACAUUAUCUGUAGGAUUUUCAAGAUCAAACUUGAUUCAUUGAUGGAUACUCUAACCAAAAAAAAUAUUUUGGGAGAGACACAGUCAUCUAUGUACACAAUUGAGUUCCAGAAACGGGGUUUACCACAUGCUCACAUUCUCUUAUUCAUGAAGAAGUUAAAGAAGCCUACAACAGACGAUAUUGACAACUUCAUUUCCGCUGAGAUUCCUAACAAGAAGGAUGAACCAGAACUGUAUGAGGUCAUUAAAGAUAUGAUGAUUCAUGGUCCAUGUGGACGAGCUAAUACUAAUUCUCCAUGUAUGGAGAAUGGCCGUUGCUCUAAGUCAUUUCCUAAAUCAUUUUCUGAGAAGACUACUAUUAAUAAGGAAGGAUUUCCGGUUUACAAGAGGCGUGAGCAGUCAGAGAACUUUGUUAUGAAGAAUGGAGUGAGAUGUGACAAUCGGAGUGUCAUUCCUUACAACCGGAAGUUAUCUCUUCUUUACAGAGCUCAUAUCAACGUCGAGUGGUGCAACCAAGUUGGGUCUAUAAAGUAUUUAUUCAAAUACAUUAAUAAAGGACAGGAUCGUGUCACAGUUGCUGUUGAACCACCAGACAACAUUGUUGCAAGUGAGUUAGGAGAUGUUGAGCUUAAUAAAGAGAAUCUUGAUAAGAAAAGGAAUGAACUCAAGGAAUUCUUUGAUUGCAGAUACGUGUCAACGUGUGAAGGAACUUGGAGAGUAUUCAAAUUUCCUAUUCACUAUCGAUCAACUGCUGUUGAGAAGCUUAGUUUCCAUCUACCCGGAAAGCAAGUUAUUACAUUCAAAGGAAAAGACAAAUUGAAGGCAGUUGUCACCCGGAAGCUCAUUCAAAAUACAAUGUUCUUAGCUUGGUUUGAGUUGAACAAGAUUGACUCCUUCGCAAGAACAUUGACCUAUGCUCAGAUCCCAAGCUUCUAUACUUACGACAAAAGGUCAAAGAAGUUCAACAUAAGGAAACGGGGAUUUGCUUUGGGGAGGAUUAACUAUGCUCCUAGGAGCCAAGAAGAUGCUUAUUACUUGCGUGAGUUGUUGAAUGUUGUCAGAGGACCCACAAGUUAUGAGGACAUUAAAACAUACCUAGAUGUUCUCUAUCCGAGCUACAAAGAAGCAUGUUAUGCUCGUGGGUUAUUAGAUGAUGAUCAGGAGUACAUUGAUGACAUAGUAAGAAGAAGUUUUGAGAGCACAGCAAGUGAGCUGCGGAAAGUGUUUGUUAUGAUGCUUAUGAGUAACACUUUGUCUAAACCAGAGUCUGUAUGGGAAAACACUUGGAUGUUUUUGUCUGAAGAUAUCGAGCACUCUAGGAGAAUAAAUUUUAAUAGACCUGGUCUGUUGUUGAGUGAUGACGACAAAAAGAAGUAUGCUUUACUUGAGAUUGAAAAAAUAUUGAAAAGGUCUGGAACUUCUCUCGCCAAAUUUGAUAAUAUGCCUAGACCGCCAAAGACAAGUAGCCACGAUGAAAAUGUUUUGGUGCUAGAUGAACGCAGCUAUGAGCGAUCUGCUUUGUUAGAGACUCUUCGAAGAGAUCUUCCGAAGAUGACAUGCGAGCAAAGAAAGAUAUAUGAGGAGAUUCUUUCUGCUGUUAAUAAAGAAGAUGGUGGAAUGUUUUUUGUGAGUGGUUUUGGUGGAACAGGGAAAACUUUCCUAUGGAAAUUGCUUUCUGCAGCUAUCAGAUCUAGAGGAGAUAUUGUUCUAAACGUGGCUUCAAGCGGCAUUGCAUCAUUGUUGUUGCCUGGUGGUCGGACAGCACAUUCCAGAUUCGGCAUUCCUCUAAAUCCAGACGAGUUUUCUUCAUGUACAAUGAAGCAUGGAAGUGACCAAGCUAAUUUAGUGAAAGCAUCAUCACUUAUCAUCUGGGAUGAAGCCCCUAUGAUGAGCAAGCAUUGUUUUGAGGCUUUAGAUAAAAGUUUAUCUGAUAUUGUUCGGAAACACGACACCCAACCAUUCGGUGGAAAGGUUAUCGUUUUUGGUGGUGAUUUUAGGCAGGUUUUGCAUGUUAUAAAUGGUGCUGGAUUGUCACAAGCAGAGGCAGAAGAUCUUAAAGAAUUUUCAGAGUGGAUAUUAAAAGUUGGUGAUGGUAAACUAUCAGAGACUAAUGAUGGUGAGGCAGAGAUAGAAAUUCCCUCUGAAUUUUUGAUUACAGACUGUAAUGAUCCUAUAGAAGCAAUCAGCGAAGAGAUUUAUGGCACAUCAACUUCAUUGCAUGAAAAGAAAGAGGCCAAGUUUUUUCAAGAGAGAGCUAUCCUCUGUCCAACUAACGAGGAUGUAAAUACAGUUAAUGAUUAUAUGUUGGACAAGCUAGAAGGUGAGGAAAAAACUUAUAACAGUGCUGAUAGCAUUGAUCCUGCAGAUACAAGUUCUGUGAACAAUGAAGCUCUUAGUGCGGAUUUUCUAAACACAAUUAAGGUUCCUGGUUUACCAAACCAUAGUCUUAGACUAAAGGUUGGUUGUCCUGUUAUGGUUCUGAGAAACAUAGCUCCUUCUGAUGGCUUAAUGAAUGGGACGAGACUGCAGAUCACUCAGCUAAUGGAUUUUAUGGUUCAAGCUAGGAUUAUAACAGGAGAGAGGAUUGGGGAGAUAGUUGAUAUUCCUAGAUUGCUAAUAACCCCUUCUGACACCAGAUUGCCUUUCAAAAUGAGAAGAAGACAACUGCCUCUUGCUGUGGCUUUCGCAAUCACAAUCAACAAAAGUCUAGGGCAAUCACUAUCUCAAGUAGGUCUUUAUCUACCAAGACCUGUAUUUUCACAUGGUCAGUUAUAUGUUGCUGUUUCUAGAGUGACUUCCAAAAGGGGAUUGAAAAUUCUGAUUUUAGACGAAGAUGGGAAACCACAAAAACAAACUAAGAAUGUAGUUUUCAAAGAAGUUUUCGACAACCUUUAA